AUGUCGAACAAGCCGCUUGACUCGUGGGAAGAUGACCCCGCUGCACAGGACGAUAACCUAUCACGGCAGACACAGAAUCUGAACUUGAAUAAUCAGCAACAGCAGUCAUCCUUCCAUCCUGGAGCUUCGACAUUCCAGCCAGGGGCUGCCGCGUUCCAAUCGAACCAGCAAUUCCAACAAUACGGAUACCAACAGUAUGGCCAGGGUUUCCAGCAACAAGGAUAUGGUAGCUAUCAGCAACAGCCAUACGGCCAGUAUAAUCAAGGCUACGUUCAGCAAGGCGGAUAUGGCCAGGCCUAUGGUCAACAAUAUGGAAGCUACAACCAAAAUACUGUAAACCCUCAGCAAGCUCAACAGCAGCAACAAUGGCGUCCACAGUCAAUUGCUGAACGACCACUACCUGGUGCUCCUGUUGCCGCAAAACAAACUCCGACAGCUGCGAAACCGGCAACUACUACUACCGCUACGCCAGCUGCUCUGCCCCCGAAGGCAAAGGUCUUGUCGAUUGGUGGCGAUGCUAUGAAGUCCAAAACGCCGACCUCAUCCUCAGGCGCAACUCCUACCCCUCCUUCCUCCGUCACUCCUGCCAGCGAUUUACAAAAUUCGAACGGCCCAGCUGCUGUUGCUGCCGCCUCGAAAGUGACCGCUACUAAAGCCAUUGAAAAAACGGAGAAGAAAUCAGCUAGUAGCGGCAAGACAUCGCCUACAUCGUCCGGACGGUCUUCUCCUUCACGAGCGGCGGACACCAAGGCUACAGCGCGCGACGCAGAUGCAGUCGCCAAAGAACAGGCAGCCGAUGUCGAUGAAGCUACGCUCAGAGAGAUUUAUGGUGAUAAACGUGAACACAUCAACUUGAUUUUCAUUGGCCAUGUUGAUGCAGGGAAGUCAACUCUAGGUGGAAGCAUCUUGUAUGCAACUGGUAUGGUGGAUGAGCGAACCAUGGAAAAAUACAAAAGAGAGGCCAAAGAAGCCGGACGUGAGACAUGGUAUCUUUCAUGGGCUUUGGAUUUGACAAACGAAGAAAGAUCUAAGGGAAAAACUGUAGAAGUUGGACGAGCUUUUUUCAAAACCUCGGGCAAUACGCCUGAUGGUCCGGUAGAACGUCAUUAUACUAUUCUGGAUGCACCUGGCCAUAAAUCUUUCGUCCCAAACAUGAUCGGUGGUGCGUCUCAGGCAGACGUGGGAAUUCUUGUCAUUUCCGCGAGAAAGGGUGAAUACGAAACCGGUUUCGAGCGAGGUGGUCAAACCCGCGAGCAUGCAUUGCUGGCCCGAAACUCGGGUGUGAAAAAGCUGAUAGUCGCUGUGAACAAAAUGGAUGACCCAACUGUUGAAUGGAGCAAAGCACGAUACGAUGAAUGUACAACGAAGAUUGGCAAAUUCCUUCAAGGCAUGGGUUAUGCCAAGGCAGAUCUCCACUUCAUGCCCAUCUCCGCGCAGAAGACUAUUGGCAUUGAUAAGCCUGUUCCCAAGGAGCUAGCACCUUGGUUUGAAGGCCCUGGCCUUCUUGAUUUCCUCCACAACAUGAAAAUGCCUGAACGUAAGAUCAAUGCACCCUUCAUGAUGCCAGUCAGCGCAAAGUACCGGGAUAUGGGCACGGUUGUUGAAGGACGAAUUGAGUCCGGCGUAAUAAAGAAGGGCUCCAGCUAUAUCAUGAUGCCCAACCACGAGGAAGUCACUGUUACUGCGCUGUACGGUGAGACGGAAGAGGAGAUUAAUACGGCGACUUGUGGCGAUCAAGUCCGUGUUCGACUUCGGGGUGUUGAGGAAGAAGAUAUCAUGCCAGGAUUUGUAUUGUGCUCUCCCAAAAGGCCUGUGCACUGCGUCUCCGCUUUCGAGGCCAAAAUCAGAAUUCUAGAUCUCAAGAGCAUUCUCACCGCCGGCUUCAACUGCGUCCUCCAUGUGCACGCCGCCAUCGAAGAGGUGACCUUCGCUGCGCUGCUUCACAAACUCGAGAAAGAUACAGGCAGGAAGAGUAAGAAACCACCUCCAUUUGCCAGCAAGGGCCAAACCAUCAUUGCUCGAUUAGAAACCAUUGGCGGAGCUGGAGCUGUUUGUGUUGAGCGAUUUGAAGACUAUAACCAGCUCGGGCGGUUCACACUCCGUGAUCAGGGACAAACCAUCGCAAUUGGCAUGAUCACCAAGCUGAUUACGAACGAGCCGGCGGCGACGGCGUAA